AUUGGUGCCUUCUCGUCCCCACCCUAGUAGCUGAAUGCUGCGUAAUUCGUCGAACGCGGCUUUGUAAAGCGACACUUGCGCGCGCAUCGGCAACUUUGCGCGCCCAAACUACUAGUAAAAGUAAACAAAGAAAAAAUCCACAUACAUACGAAACACUUGACGGUACCCUCUUGAAGGUUGAGUGUGUAGUUUGUGUAAUACGACAAUAUAAGAAUACUUAUUUUGAGUUGAGUUUCAAUAAAAGAAUACCUAAAUUAUCGAAAAUAAUCGUCAACACGUGUAAACUUAUUAUCUUAUUGAAAUAAAAGAAAAAUGGAAAGUCAAGUUGAUCCAGCAAUAAAGGACCAUAGUUUUUUCGCGAACGCGUGUCAAAUCUGUCGAGCGUAUGGUAAAGACGUCAAAUUGAAAAUAUGUGGAAAUUGCAAAACGCUGCGUUACUGCAGUAAAGAACAUCAAAUAGAGCACUGGCCAAAACACAAGGAAUUUUGUCGAGCUCUCAGCAAAGCAGUGAAAUUCUUCGAACCGAUAACUAAAAAUUACACAUUUGUGAACAGCAUGGAUUGGAAAAAAGUACGAAUUUAUAUGACUCAGAUGAUCGAAUUCGAUUUGGGUCGACCUCUUUCGUAUUUCGAAUUAGAACUGGUGGUGUUUCCGAGAGCUUGCAAAAUUUGUUACGAAAGUGAUCCUCGAAAGUUAAGUGAUUGUCCUGACUGUCCGGAUGCCAGCUUUUGUAUCAAUCAUCCAAGAGAUAGCAGCCAUCAUGCUGAGUGCGAAACAUCGAAACUACAUUUCGAAACCAAAAUUAUGUCGGUCGAUUUUACUACUUUACCACAUCUGAUGAAAUCACAUUAUGGUACAAGUCCACCAAAAAACAUGGAGGAAGCAGUUGAGCUCUUUGUGUUGAAUGAACCUGGAAACAAAUCAAUAAAAGCUAUCUUUGCCAUGACUUCAAGUAUAUUAACAAGGCCAUACACCUUUUUGUACUCUUUGGAACAAUUAUCUUAUCCGAAGUUGCCAAAGACGACAAUUCAUGUGAUCGCUCGGAAUGCCAAAGACUUGGACUUCCUGGAUUUCUGGCACAUCUUCUUCCAUCAUGAUUUACCCUUUACGGAGUUCAAAAUUGUUGCUGUCGGUCCAGAACUCUCAGCUAAUCUGAAACAAGUUGAUCUCUGUGUUGAAUGCCUCAAAAAAGGUUGCAAAAUUAAUAUUCAAUCUGUACGAGCAUUGUAUUCAGACUUUGUGGAGGACGCAUCUUUCACAAGACCUGAUUAUGUCAUUGGAUUCAAUGUGGCUUUGCUGGAUGACGAUCCCUUGAUGUCUUCGAUCAAAGUACUGGCCAGACUGAAUUGUCCAUUUAUUGUGACAACAUAUAUUGCUAAAGAAACGGCGUCCAACGUUAUAAGAAUCAGUUCUUUUCUUGGGAAAAUGGUUGAACCUAUUUGGAUUGGCAAAAAUCCAUUUUCCAGCUUGGAACCUCACAAAGAAUUUGAAAUGGAUGGAUUUUUUUACCACAAUCAGUAUUUGGUUAUUUAUGACACAUUGGCUUGAGAUUUUAUCCAUACAGAAAGAUUUUUAAGUUGCGUAAUUUGAUUCUCAGAAUAAAAUAUGUUAAAUCCAUACGUAAAUCUACUGAUUUCAAAAAAUUCUUGCUACUUUUUAAUGGAAAUUCAAUAUGUUUGUAAAAUGUAUCAUUUUUGUCAUUUUGAACUUCAAUAUUUUUUGUACACCACGUAAAUUCGACGACGAAUGAUUAAA